AUGGCAGUCCAGAAUGAGUCUGAAGAGCUGAUGGAAGAACGCAGUCCACAAAAAAACACAGCGUUCUCUUUUGCGCGCAGAAGGAGGUGGAAAGGGCUGUUUUACAAAAGAAAAAAACUGCAUCCCCCUAUUAGCGCGGCCUUGUCUCCUGCCAGCGUGCUUUCCCGCAUACGCAGCGCAAACAUAGAGAGGCUUUGCAUUCAGGCAUAUGGAGGGGCGCAGAAAAAAAACGCAGCGGGCAUGCCCAAAAGGAGGUUGGAGGAGGCUCUUUUUCAUUUUGACGUCAAGCCGUGCUCGCCAUACGUGCUGAAGAGGUUUCGGGUGCUGCAGCACGAGUUUGUGUGGCUCCCAAUGAUCAGGGUGUCGUGCACGGUAAGCCACUCGAAGUUCAUGUCCGUGCUGGUGCCCACCGAGGAAGUGAGCAUGCAGCUGAAAAUUCUGGGAGACACCAUGGAAAUGCCUCUAAGCUACAGAACGACUGCCGGCGAAAUUCUGCACACUGUGUGGAGAGACAUAGGCAUCAUGGGCGGAUACGAAGAAACCGAGCUGGUGAUGCAGUUUGAAACCCCGCAGGAGUCUAUGCGGCUGUGCGCAGACAGCAUACCUUUGCUGGAAAUUGUGCAGUGGAAGCUCAACAACUCUCUCUUGGUGGUGAACAAUCUAGAGCUGUUUCCAAAGGACAAGAUUUUCAAAAACUGCGGGUUUGAGCUGCGGGUUGUUUUGGAACGAAAAGCGGAGAACGCGGAUGGGCGCGUAGACUGCUGCAGCAAGCCGCUCGGGCUGAUGUACGACCGGUCAAGGCGCUCUUCGGCCUACCGGCGGGCAAGGGGCGACGCCGCCACGCACGGAGAGCGAAAAGCCUCUGUUUCCCUGGGGGUAGAGGACGCUCUGAGCAUUGCGCUGGUUUUUGUUUUUCUCGUUAUCUUCGGGAAAGGCACGGGCAUACAAAGCCUACGGGAUGCCCAGGACCGGGUGGAGUGGAUUUUAAGCACAUUUGGGAUUAUGAGCGUUCUGUACAUUGUUCUGCCAGAGGUUAUGCCAGAGUAUUUGCACAUGCUGCGAGAGGAGCAGGUGCUAAAGGCUGCAGAGGCUCCUGUUGUGGCGAUCCAAAAAGCCCCGGCCGCGGAGGAAGAGCCCGAAAAGAGCAUUUCGCUGAACAUGUCUCGUAUGGGCCUUACAGCGGUGCCAAGCACGGUGCUUACCAUAACAAACCUGGGGUGCCUGGACAUUUCGUUCAACUCGAUUGAGGUUUUGCCAAAGGAGCUGGGCACCAUGGGCCUGAAGAUGCUCAACGCGUCCAACAACAAAAUCCGCGCAAUUCCCCGGUCCUUGCCGGUCCCGGUCCUGAACCUGCAAAACAACCACCUGUCCCAGUUUGAAAGCGCGUACAACUAUAUGGAGCUAAACCUGCUGGGCAACCCGCUCCAGAAGUUUAAGGGGUAUGCAGAAAGGCUGCACAUCCGCACAAUAUUUUCCACCCGGCGGCUGCACGGGUCGCUGUUUUCCCUGAAGAAGGUCUCUAUUCUAGACGUGGAGAUGAAAAAGUUCGUUGGAAGCUUUCCGUUUCUUGUGGACCUGCAGCUCAUCAACAACACGCUUGUGGAGAUAUCUAUCAACGCGCCCCGGCUGAAAACGCUUUUGUGCGCGCACAACUUCCUGCUGCAGUUUCCAUUCAUAGAGCAGAAGAGAAACGGGAUGGACCACAGCACUCUCAUUUCGCUUUCGCUUCCGUACAACUCAAUAAACUUGAUUCCGAGCCGUGUGUGGAGCCUGCCCAUAGAGUAUCUGAACGUGUCGCACAAUCAGAUCGUGCGGAUUGACCCGUCCGUUAGGCAGACGUCCCUUCUGCACCUGAACAUAUCUGGCAACCAGAUAAAGGAGAUAGAUAACAUUUCCCGGCUGGCGGGGCUUAUGUGCUUUAUUGGAAGCUUCAACAUGCUGGAGGUGGUUUUCGGGCUGGAGGCCGUGCCCAGCUUGCUGCUUGUGGACCUGUCGUACAACGUGCUCCGCGCCCUCCCGAAGCUGCCCAGAAAGGACAACCUGGACGCGCUUAAGUUCUAUGCACUGGGAAACCCAAGAAUGCCGUGCCUGGAGAGCACGCAGAAGGCUCUGGAGGCGCGCGGGGUGCACGUGAUUCUGAGCGAGGCGGAGGACAACCUUAUUAAGGUGUCCUCAAUAGUAGGGCCGCACAGCAGAUGCAUUGAGUGCGGGUCGUGGAUUCCAAAGGAAAAGCACAGAAAAGAAGAAGAGCGGAGAAAAGUCAAGGCCACGCGAAGGGCGCAGUGCAUUGUAAAAGAAGUGCUGGCGCCGCCGUACACCGUGGGGGAUGUAAAGAAAAGGCCUGUCAUAAAAAUAUUUGCAUACUUUUCCUCAAAGAACAGGCAGAUAGCGCCGUGCGUGGAAAAGAUUUUGACAAAAAUGGGAAAAUGCAUCCAGUCGGAGUCCAGCGAGGGGCUGCGGCUCAAGUUUGCAGAGUAUCGGCCCAAGCUUCGGGAGUUCUGCAUAGACAUACGGCACAAGAUGUUCCCGCACAUGGUGGACAUUCUCUCCUUUGUGAUUGUGACCGAGAAGCACGUGUGCACGAUUGGAAGCGACGACAUCGACCUGCUUCUUUUCCGAGACGAGCGGGUUGUGUAUCUAAACAGCACGCCAUACCUCAGCAUAUCAAGCUUCGAGAAAAGAAAGUCCGACGAGUGCAUCAUGGCGUUUCCUCGCCUGACUCUCCACGAUGUGUCUGUGGCGGACCUUAUUGUGGCAUACCGGCGGGUUCGAUCGACCGCGGAGGUUCGCAGGUUUAUGUUCUCGCACGAGCUGCGAGGCGUGUCUGUGCUUAUGGUUCCGCUCAUCCCAAGGAUAGAGCACCCUCUGCGAAAGGAGCCCGACGCCGCGGGCCUUCGGAUACUGGAGGAGCUCUCGGCAUACAACAUUGCCUCGCAGUUUAUUCGGGUGCCAGUUGUGGUGUUCACCGACAUAGUAAACAGCACCAAGCUCUGGUCAAAGGACUCGAUCAAGAUGAUGCAGAUGUCCAAAAUACACAACACGACCGUGCGGAGCCUCAUGAGAAAGCUAGGCGGGUACGAGGUAAAAACAGAAGGCGACUCUUUUAUGAUGAUAUUCUACGACGAGCAGUGCGCCAUAGAGUUUGGCUCGGAGAUCCACAAGGUGCUUCUGAAGAAAAACUGGCCGGAAAUGGGGAUCCAGCACAACCCUCUGAUCUACUCCAAAGCAAAGGCGCUGUACAGAGGCCUGCAGAUUCGCGUGGGAAUCAGCAAGGGGGCCUGCGUUGUGGAGAACGACCCGAUCACAAAGAGGCUGGACUUCUAUGGAAAGUCGGUUAUAGAAGCUGCAAGGCUCUGCUCGAUGGCAAGCGGAGGGGAGACGCUCAUCACGCACACAAUGUACAACCGGAUAAAAGACAUAAAGAGCAAAAAGUACAUCAUCAUUCCGCGGGGAAGAGCCAUCCUCUCGGGCCUGGAAACAGACGUGCACCAUGUAUAUGAGGUUAUCCAUGUCUCUCUAGUAAACAAGCUUCUGCUUAAGUCCCUCCACGUGGUAAAAAAGUGCGGGUGGAUUUUUGCGUAG